UCUCGCAAAGCCUGGCCCUCUCCGCGUCAGCCGUUUCCAUCUUGCUAGAAGCGUCAAUAUAUCCCGUCGUCAUGUUCAUACAGAGCAAGAUCUUGGAUGCUUUUAUUUUGGUCUAUGUUCUCUGGUUCUGGUUCAGAAAGGCUGCUGCGCUCCCGUCGCAAGUCGUUCAUUCUUCGGAAGAUGGGUUGCUAGGGCUGAAUAUUGUCGCCAAUCCUCCGAAUCCAUCGAUAGACAUAGUCGCCGUCCACGGAAUGGACGGCCACUGGCGAAGAUCGUGGACCGCUGAGAACGGCGUUUUCUGGCUCCAGGAUCUCCUGCCCGACUUGGUCCCAGAUGCCCGGAUCUACUCAUUCAGCUAUGACUCCCGAACUCGAGGAAGCGAGACGCCACUGACACUAGACAUCGCCGACCAUGGGAAGGAACUUUUGACGGACCUCACAAUUGCGCGACAUCUCACGAAGACAGAAAAAAUUCCCAUCAUCUUUCUCGGGCACAGCUUAGGAGGGCUCGUCAUCAAGAGUGCCCUAUUGCACUCCGAUAUGGCCCGCGUAGGCCAUCUGGAGAGCCAAAUGUCUAUCAAACUGUCGACUCACGCGGUCCUCUUCUUGGGUACACCCCAUCAAGGCGGCCAGGGCGUAUCGAUUGCCGAGAUUGUAACCAAGUUGAUGGCUACUUUCACGUACACUAACAAAAGGCUGAUUGAGCAAAUCAAACCGAACUCGGAAUGGCUCCAGGAUUUUCAAUCAAGAUAUAAUGCCAUAAGUCAGGAAUUCAAGACCGUCUUCUUCUACGAAACCAAGCCGAUGUCGGUACCGGUACUGGGGCGUCUACUCAUAGUGCCCCGAUCCUCUGCCGUUGUGUUCGGGGCUACCAAUGCUGAGGAGGUAGCACUUGCUGCUGAUCAUUCCACAAUGGCCAAAUUCACCAGCCUCCAGGAUCGAAACUUCAGAAAAGUUGGAGACAGAAUCGUUUUGCUCUUCAGAUCUGCUGGAUUGGCUACAAUGGGAAAUUGGGCCAGAUGGGAAGUAGAAAAGACAUACCAACUGGACUCGCAUACGGUAAAAUCCACGGGCAAAACCUCGAGAGAAUUCAAUGUCGGCGUUACCAUUGCUGGUGGCUGGAACGAUCAUUUCACAGGACGUCAGAAAACCUUACUGCAUCUGGAUGACAUCCUUAGACCAGUAUCGAAUCGCAGUGCUCUCAAAAUAGUUGUCAUUUACGGACCUGGAGGUGUGGGAAAAACACAAGUGGCGCUAGAGUACGCUAAUAGACACCAAGACGACUUUGCCUCGAUCUUCUGGAUUGAUGGAAAUCGCAAAGACACGGUCGAUACCAGCAUCAGAAAAUUUCUCGAGGACAUCACGAACCACUACCGUAGCCACGAUCUGGUUGAAAGCCCUCGCUACAAGCUUCUCAGCGACACCAUUGAGAGUUUGAACAAGAGAAGAAAUCCCGCAAAGGACUCUCCCUCAACAUCUCCUCCCCCCGAGUUGGUGGCGAAGGACGCAUUUUUUAAAUGGCUAUCCUUCGAAGAGAACCGGUCGUGGCUUCUAAUUAUUGACAACUUGGAUGACCUGGAAAGUGUCAAGUUGCGUGAUCUACUGCCGACAACCACCUGGGGCACCAUUCUCGUUACCAGUAGAAGAGCGGAUCUUGCCGUCAACUGGGAGUCGAUUCAACUACUUGAGAUGGAGCACGAUGAAGCAUUUUCUCUUUUGGAAGAAUGUAGCGGGUUGACUUUGGUCCAUGGAACAGCAGAGUGGCGAAGCGCUACCACGUUGAUCGAGCGACUCGGAUAUCUACCACUUGCGAUUUCACAAGCCGGGGCACAUAUAGCUAUCCACCACUACGAUACGCCUUUCGAAACAUAUUUAGCCCUUUACCUCAAACACCCUCGAGAGCUUCUUAACGAAAGGACUGCACAGUCAAGUUGGGAUGCGAGACAAGACACGGUACUGACCACGUGGGAGAUUUCCUAUAGUGCGAUACAGAUGACAAUGCCCGAAGCCGCCGAGAUUCUGGUUCUCAGUGGUUUUCUCUCGCCAGAGAGUAUAGACCCCAACUUUUUCCUGGUGGGAAGCUCUUACUCUGAGAUCCAGAUCCGCCAGGCGUUUGGGAUUCUCUUGAGAUUCUCCAUGCUACGAAAAUCGGCUGGACGAAAGAGCUUCUCCAUGCACCCGUUGAUUCAUUUGUGGGUCAGAACUCGAAUGAGCUCCGAGGAACACACUGCAAAACUACGAGCCGCCCUCGUCAUUGUCUAUCAAUGCCCCAAGUACAUGAGAUGGAAGAAGUCUCACAUAGCACAUCUAGCGGCAUUGAUUCGUCAGACAAAUUCACAUUCUUGCCAUGGUCUGCCAGAAGAUCGUGUAGCGCUGAGGCUCAACAAUCAAAAGGCCACUCUGGUUUAUCCGAUCCAGCUCGACGUCUGGCAGAGACCGGGCGGCUGGAUCCUUUGGCUAAACGGCAUUGUAACAGAAUUCAUAUCUUGGGCCUAUGAGAAGGCAUUUCCCGGUGUCUCGUCGUUAGAGGACUGGAAAAUUGUCUACUUAUUGUGCGGAGAAAACGAUGACACCGAGUGCUACAAAUGGGUUCUUUGUAUCGCCAUGAACAACUAUCCGGCCAAGCAUCCGCUUGUACUGGAAAUCAUUGGGAAUUAUGCAUGGUCUCUUAUCCCAGAUUCAUACCGUCUAUCUGAAGCUUGGUAUGCAUGGCUGGUAAAGGCGCGUACCCAAGUAGUCGGACCAAAGCAUCCCGCUACAGCCGGUGCGUGGUUGGGCCUUGGUUCGGCAACGGAAGACUGUGACGAGGCAGUGGGAUAUAUGCUAUAUGGCCAUAAACUCAGGUCUGAGAAACUGGGCGAGGACGAUGUUCUGACCCGGAACGCGCGGCAACGUAUCACAGAAGUGGUUGAAUACUGCUUCCGUGACAGUCACCGUUCGAACCACGCCAGCAAUCUCCUGCAGGCUUUCACACCAAUACACGAAACAAUGCCUGAAACAAGGUUACAAUCCGUUUACAUCGGAUUGAAAUUAAUUUUCGCUAGACGACCAACGUACCUACUGCAUAAGGUCGCCCAAGAGAUCCUGCAGAACGGCCAGACUCCCGCAGCUUUAGCAUCCUUUCUUGGUAUGCUGAUUGGAUGGGAUCGCAUUCACUCUUGGCCGUUGUUGUUGAGAGAGAUGACCGUUUUCAUUGAUGGGGACUUCAAUACAUCAGCUCAGGACGACAUCGCACGGGAGCUACAACAAGUUCGGCAAAGAUCAUUGAUGGGACCGGUCGACGAUGGACUUAGGGCAACCGAACGAGUGUGCCUGGCCGGGGUGAUUGCAACAUAUCUUACACUUUGGGCCGUCACACAGAAUCAGCCGAGAGAAUUCGCCGAGAGAUGGCUGUAUGCCUUGUUUUCACAUCCGGAUCCGGUGGAGGGGUCUUCUGGAGUGGAGUGGCACGAGGCCUGCGACUGGUCUGACAACAAAACCGACAUACCGGACCUGGAUAACCUCGACAGCUGGCCUUUUCCCGAUUUUGAGCACGACCGCGCAUUCUGGUACAUCUCGUCCAGUGCCAUGGAGCAACUCUAUGGCUUGCACACGCAAGACUGGGUUGAGGAGAAGGCAUGGUGGGGCCCAGAACCAGUUACACGGGGAUACAAUGUGGACGUCGUCGCUGAACUCUUCCUCCGGCCCGGUAUGAAGAGGGAAGCCAGCCUGAACGUCGAAUUCGCCCACUUUCUCAUGCUGUCUGGGAGACACCCUGCCGAGCACCAAUCCCGGAUGGUGGAGGCCUUGGACUACUGGGACCGCGAAGGACAACGCUGCCCCGGAAUGGUCUUGCGGGAGGCGCUCGGCGAAUCGGUGUACGGGGACGUCGCGCGAGCAGGGCCGGACACAACAUGUUUUGCGGGCGUUCAGGUAUGGUAUAUGUGCCCUGCCGUGGUUUGAG